AUGGCAGACGUGGAAGUGGAUUCAUGUGACUCUGUCCCUGUUGCUGUUAUUGUAUCAGAGACAAGACAGUCAUGCUUGAUUCAAAAGCACUAUCACUUUCAGCAUCCUGCAGCACCGUUAUCGACACCCAGUCCCGAACCACUUUUAGAAGAAAACACGCUGCUGCAGUUAGGGCUG